AUGGUAAGUCCUAGAUCAUACUUACAAAAUAUAGUUGGUAUUACAUUGCAAGAGUCCAAAAACAAAAAUAAAAUACCUAAUAAUAAUAAUGCAGAACCAUUGGAUAAUUGUCAGGAGUUUUUUGACUCUUCAUAUCUGAAUUCGAAAACUAUUUUUAACUAUCUAACGCAUAUUGGCGAUAGUUUAUUACAAAAUAUCCCAAAUAAAAAUCAUCUUAAUGAAUUUCCCUCGGAUUCUACAAUUUCCUUUUUAAAUGAUGAAGUUACACCAUCAUUGUACCAAAUGUUUCAAUUACUUCUACCUGUCAUGAAUCAAAUACAAUCUAAUAAAAAAAAUGUGAUAAAUGGAAAUGAUGCAAACGAUAUUUUGCAAUAUUAUAAUAUUAACUUACCUGAGAAUAUAAAACUGGGAAAUAUAAACAGAUCCUAUUCUAUAAAUGUAUUAAAUGAAUAUUCUAAAGAGGUACUUAUGUUUCUAGAUGAUAUCAAACUACGAAUAAACUCAACAAAAAGUGAUAUCCAGACCAUUGAUUCAAAAAUUGAAAAAUUACAAAAACUGAAGCAAGGUCUGAAUCAUAGAAUAUCUUUACUUAAUCAAAAUAAAAUAACACUGGACGACAUUGUGUUGGCUAUAAAGACUAGAAAAGAUUUUGUUAAAGAGUAUAAUCUUUUUAAUAAAGAAGAGAAUAACUGCGAUGAAGAUUUACUUAACAGAUAUCUUUCAGAAGCUAAGAGUUCUAUAGAUUUAUAUGGUUCCAAUAUUUAUGAGAAGUCUGAUAGUUUACCGUCGAAAUCAGAUAUAGGUUCACCUUUAUUAUCUCAGAAUUUUAUUCCUGAUACAUCUAGUGACGUUAUGUCUAAUAAUGGCUCACUGUCUCAGUUUUAUGAUGGACCACAUAGAAAACAAAGAUAUAUAUCUGUAUCCUUACACGAAAUAUACCAACCUGGUUCUACAGUUGCUAUGUUCAAAAAGGCUCAUAAUGAUGGUAUAACAUGUCUAGAUUUUGAUUUCCCCUUUGGAACAAUGAUAACAGCCGGUUAUAUGGACCACACUAUGAAGAUAUGGGAUUUGUCUGAUAGGAAGCAGAUUGGGAUCUUAGAAGGCCAUAACGCUAGUGUUACAUGUAUUCAAAUGGAUUCUAGUUUCAAUUUAGUUAUCAGUGGUGCUAAAGAUGCAACUGUGAGGCUUUGGAACCUAGAUUUGGCUACUGAAGAAGGUAAGAACAAUGGAAUCAAGUUGAAUAAGCCUACUUGUCUUCACUCGUUUGAUUUGCAUAGAGGAGAAAUAAAUGCACUAUCAUUAGAUCGUGAAACUUUAGUGAGUGCAUCCAGAGAUAAAACGAUUAAGCAAUGGGAUUUGAAAUCGGGAAAGUGUGUUCAAAAUUUAGACAUUACAUUUUCUUCUAUAAAGACUUCCAAAGUAGAUUACCAAUCAUUUUCUUUAUUAGAUCCUCCCAUUGUUGGUGCGUUGCAAUGUUUUGAAACUGCAUUAGCUACAGGCACAAGGGAUGGAAUGAUAAGGCUAUGGGAUUUACGUGUAGGUAAGGUAAUCAGAGCUAUUCCAGCACACAAUGGGGCAGUCACAGCCUUGAAUUUUGAUUCUACCCAUUUAAUAACCGGUUCUACCGAUCAAACUGUAAAAUUAUGGGAUUUACGUUCCAAGAAUGAAUUAGACAAUAUUUCAUUUGAAUUGCCUGUCUCUAAUGUUCAUUUGGACAGUCAACGUAUAAUAGUUUCUACAUCAGCUGAAACAUCUAUCUAUGAUAGGAUUAGUUGUCAACAAGUCGACUGUAUACAAUCUUCCAAUUAUACAUCCACGGUUUCUGCAACUCAAUAUAAGGACAAGUACUUAAUUGAGGGACAUAGUAAUGGAGAUAUUACUGUUUUGUCUGUAUGA